AACACUUGUUUGGACAGGUUUAACCUGACUAAACGAAUGCUUGUUGUGCUUAUUCGAAACUUUUCUUCACUUAUUGUUACCUUUGCUGUUAACAAAUAACUUCCGAAGCACUUCCGAAAAACACUUAGGCCUACAUCUAUUCACGUUCUCACGACGACACAUUUCUAACACGCAGUGGCAUUGAAAUCAAUCUGUUUUUACAAAGUGAACAAGAAUCCAACUGUGACGAAAUUGUGUAUUCGAGUUUGAGAAUGCGCGUGUGACUGGAGGCAGACUUCGGGAAUGUUCAUCUUUUCAUGUUUCAAAGUCGGAUCUGCAUGCGUUCAGCGUCACUGUUGUUCUGCAAUAAAACAUGUCGUGUACGUGGAUCCGCAGCCUCGACAUUCCACCUGAUGUAUGAUGUCCUCGUCGUUUUCUGUCGGCUUAUAAACUGAGACAAAGACUUUCCCCAAGUUUGGCCUGCCCCUUUAACAGCAGUGCAGCCCUAGUGGCGAUUAUCGGACCGUCCGAUUCCCUGGGAACUCUGCGGCGCAGCUUUUACUUUAAAGCGGGAUCAUGGCGGCUCCGCUCGGGCGGGACACAUUACCUGAUCACUGGUCCUACGGAGUCUGCAGAGACGGCAGGGUGUUUUUCAUCAACGACAAAACUCGCAGCACUACUUGGCUCCAUCCCCGCACUGGUGAACCUGUCAACUCUGGACACAUGAUACGAUCAGAUUUACCACGGGGAUGGGAAGAGGGCUUCACCGAGGAAGGCGCCAGCUACUUUAUAAACCACAACCAGAGGACGACAACGUUCAGGCAUCCUGUGACAGGACAGAUCUCCUCAGAAAACACUGACUUCAUUUUACACGACCAGGCAAAUUUACGCAUGUCCAAGCCACCACCAGAGCCGAGGCCUUCCAGCAUGGUCAGCGAGUCAUCUGUUGCCAUCUCCUUGUCCCCUGCAGAUGCCACCUCAGGAUCCAGGAGUGUGAAAGCCAGUGGGAAGGUGCAUUGCUUUGGCAAGCGUGAUCAUUCUAUCAAAAGGAACCCAAACGUGCCGGUGGUGGUGAGAGGAUGGCUCUACAAACAGGACAGCUCUGGCAUGAGACUAUGGAAGCGCAAGUGGUUUGUGUUGUCGGAUUACUGCUUGUUUUAUUAUAAAGACAGUCGAGAGGAGACAGUUCUUGGCAGCAUUCCUCUGCCCAGCUAUGUCAUUUCACCCGUGGGACCCGAGGACCACAUCAGCCGCAAGUAUGCUUUCAAGGCCUGCCACACUGGAAUGCGCUCGUACAUUUACAAUAAGAAUUCUCUGGUUGGCUCGCAGGCCGAGCACUGUGGCAUGAGGACCUACUUCUUCAGCGCGGACACGCAGGAGGAUAUGAAUGGCUGGAUCCGGGCCAUGAACCAGGCGGCACUGAUGCAGAGUCAUGCCGUGAAGAGAGACACAGAAAGAAUCUCAAAUCCCGAGCAUGUGGUCCCACAGACCAACCACUUCAGCACCAGCAUCAAAAGCUCCUCCCCGGCCGAGGGUCUCCAGCAGGCAGUGCGCGGGGAGGUUACUGAGCUGAGGCUUGAGCGAGACAGGGAAGAGUGUUAUGUUUACAGCAAGGAAGUGCCAGACGAUCCUGUUAAAAUCAUCUCCUCUGGAGAGAUGGAGAUAGAGGGGCUUUCCCAGACAGGUGCCCAUUCUCGCCCGCCGUCCACAGCACCCAAAUACAGGAAUGGGCUGUCCUCAGGGAUGCCCCCGGAUCAGAACGGGAAUGUUGCGUAUAAGAGGGGUCUCAUUCCCCACACGGACACAGAGAAAAAAGUUCAAAGGAAAACUGCAUUGGCUCAGGUCGAGCACUGGAUGAAGGUGCAGAAAGGAGAGCCCAAAAGCUAUCCCACCUCUGAGUACAGCCUAUCCCGUCGGACCCCUCCUCUCCAGCCUAAGGCCGCCAUGAUGGAGACGUACCAAUCGUUGCCAAAGACCAUGCGACACCACUCUGCAAGCAGUUCACCCCCAGUGCCCCGCAACCUGCCCAGCGACUACAAGUACGCCCACGAUCGCCUCAGUCACUUCCGAAUGUCCACAGAUGAGCGGCUGGCCACUAAAGAGGGCAUGGUGUGGCAGCUGUACGAGUGGCAACAGCGCCAACAGUUCCGCCACGGCAGCCCGACCGCUCCCAUCUAUACUGGACCCGACUACAUGGACACGGCCGCCUUCAGGGUCACUCUGGAGAUGCCAAGGUCUAUAUCUGUGCCCCCAUCACCGUGUGACUUAGCCCCACCCGGGCAUCCCUCAAAAUCCCUGUCCCCACGCAGGCCGCACACUCCUGCCGACAGGGUGACGGUACGCCCGCUGGAUGACUUCGCCACCCCGGAUACGCCCAGUUUGGGUUCUCCCAGAGGAAUAUGUUCCCAGAUUUCAAAGACGUCACAGAUAGAGAGGAGGUCCAUGCCAACAAUGGGCUACAUCACGCACACGGUCAGUGCGCCCAGUCUGCACGGCAAAACGCCGGAGGAGUUGACCCUGCUCCUCAUCCAGCUCAGGAGACACCGGGCCAAGAUGGCCAGCGUGCGCAGCGACACGUUCACACACCUGCAGAACCAGCACAACGGCCUCUCAGGCCCCAGUUUGCAGGCAGAUGACACUUACCUGCAGCUGAAGAAGGACCUGGAGUAUCUAGACCUGAAGGUGACCGGACGCGAUUCAUUUAGAGAUCGACCGCCUCGGCCUGUUAAAAUAGCUGAAAGUGACAUAGACGUAAAGCUGAGCAGGUUAUGUGAGCAGGACAAGAUCCUUCAAGAGCUGGAGGCCAGAAUACGCACACUCAAAGAGGACAAGGACAAACUAGAGUCAGUUCUGGAUGUUUCCCAUCAGCAGAUGGAGCAGUAUCAGGACCAGCCCGCCCAUGCAGAGAAGAUAGCCUACCAACAGAAGCUUCUGCGGGAGGACGUGGUGCACAUCAGAGCGGACAUCUCACAGGUGUCCACGGAGAUGGAGAACGCUUGGGCAGAGUACAGCCGGUUGGAAAGAGAUGCAGAUAGAUUGCGAUCAGCUCUUCAAUAACAGAUGAGCCACAGUGCUGUGUCUCAGCAAGAGAAAUCUCAGUUGAGGAAAGAGCUGUGGAGGAUUGAGGACGUGCUCGCAGGCCUGAGUUCCAGCAAAGCCAACUACAAAGUCACCAUUGACUCAGUGCGGAAUCCAGGUGAGAGCGGGCCCCUGCCUGCCACCACCCCCAUGCACUGGAACACGGGCCGAGAGUGGAAACUCGUGCCUUCAGCGUCAUUGUCCGCAGUGCCUUCUCUCUCUGCAAGCCCUUCCAUGGGAGAGCUGAAAGCCGGCCAGCACAGCCCCCACCUCAGCCCGGUGCAGUCUACCCAACAAGGACUUCACAAGCCAAAAUGGCCCGAAGAAGAUGCUCCACCUAGACCCCCCCUCCCUCACCUCUACAGUCCUGAUGAACACCCUCCAGCUGUGCCACCUCUCCCCAAAGAGACCUCUGUCAUCCGACACACUUCAGUACGCGGCCUGAAACGCCAGUCCGACGAGCGGAAACGCGACCGUGAGAUUGGGCAAUACACCAAUGGAGAUUAUAAGGUCGAGCUACGGCCGUUCCUCAGUGAACCUGAGCUGCUAGGAGUUGGUGGACAAAUGGGAGGCUUGAGCCGUGAUAGUGGCUACCAAACCCUGCCAAACAUAGGUUUGGCUGGCUCAUCUUCAAGACUAAACCAGUCAACAAACAUUUCGUCGUUUGUCACUCUCAGAAGAGGAGUCAUCACCACAAGCUUGAAGGAGAGACCAAAGAGUGCCUUGGAGCGUCUGUACUCCGGGGAGCCUGCGCAGCAGCGCGGUCGCAUGAGUGCCGAGGAGCAGCUGGCAAGAAUGAAGCGUCACCAAAAGGCUCUGGUACGGGAGCGUAAGAGAACGCUCAGCCACGGCGAGCGCCAGGCCUCCUCAUCUCGCACCUCCUCCGUCUCCAGACCGGUUUCUGCUGACCUGGGAUCAUGGAGGAGAGAGCAGGACUUUGAUUUGCAGCUGCUGGAGCGAGCGGUGCAGGGUGAGGAGAGACCGGCCGAGCACAAAGAGAGACAGCGCUCUCACUCAGAUGAAUGGCUCACCAUGAGCAGCACACCCAUGAGAGAGCUGGACCUGGAGCCUUUGGACUACCAGCUGGACCUCAGUAAAGAGCUGUCCAGACCACAGAAGGUGACUAUCCCUGAGCGCUAUGUGGACCAGGAGCCAGAAGAGCCUCUGAGCCCACAGGAGAUGGAGGCCCGUCACCGAAAAGUGGAGCGUAUCAAGAGCAUACUGGCUAAGUCCAGUGUCCAGACUAUGCCUCCUACAGCAGCAGUAGAUAAGCCAGUGUUGUUAGAUGUAGGCUCGGCUCUACAGGAGAAGGAGAGAAUCAUCACCAUGUCAUAUGCUUUAGCAUCAGAAGCGUCGCUCAAGAGCAAACAAGUGGCAGUCUCACCGCAGGUUAAUAGUCCCACCUCACUCCCUCAGCCUCCACCUCCUCCACCUCUUCCUCCACCCGCUCCCGGUGCCGUCUCCACGGCUCAGUCCGCCCCCCCUCCCGUGAGCAAUGGAAUUCACUACACCUUUGUCUAAUCAGAGCAAAACAAACCAAAGCUGUGUCUGGAUAUUGAGGUGCUGUCACAUUCUGAAAACUCCACUAGCGUUGGGCGAACCUAUCAGAUUAUUUACAUUUAGAGAUGAAGUUAACGCACUUUUUGGACUGACAUCGGAGUUCACCUCUGAAAUGCUUUUUUAGAGCUAUUAUAAAGUACUUAUUUGAUAUGGACAUUUUGCUGUGGAAACUGCUGUGCACACACUGUACACAAUCUAACCAUGAUAACCCAGAUAUAGAAGAGCCAUUUUGUAUACAUUAUUGCACUUUUAAUAUGCAUCAUACGUAGAGAACAUUUAAAGGGAUAGUCCACCCAAAAAUGAAAAUUCAGUCAUGAAUUACUCUCCCCCAACCUGUAUUUAUUUGUUCUGCUGAACACAAAGAAAGACAUUUGGAAAAACGUUAGCAACUGACAUUUCUGGAACAUCACUAGCCGGGUUUCCAUCCAAAGUUCCGAAUUUAGUUUAUGCGCAAAAUUGGAAUAUUGCAUAAAACAUUUGCGAAUAAGCACCGUUUCCUAGUCAACCGUCACUUCCUAAUAAACUGCCACUAAAUAUCAGUUAGAAAAGUAAGUGAAGGAACUGAAUAUAAUAAUUUUUAUACCUGUAUAUCAUAACACUUGCGCAAGCAGACGAUUAUGAAACACAAUAAAUGCGCUGCUUUUGUGGAUGUCUGCUGUUUGGGAAACACAGUCGUGGCAGUUCUAAGAGACAAUUACAGAAUACUUUGACAACUUUGCUCAGGUAUUUAAGAAUGACCAUAACAACAUUUCUGAUGCUGUGUAACAAGAUCAGUACUCUGGUUAGUCAGGUCACGCCGUCUCAUAGUGCAGUUACAUGACUUUUUGGAGGAAUUCAACAGAACCAAAAAAUUAUUCAAUAUUUUUCCUAUGGCGAUCUAUUAUGUCCCAGAAAUGUCAGUUGCUAACAUUUUUCCAAAUAUCUCUCUUUGUGUUGAACAAUCAGGUUUGGAACAAUCUGAGGGUGAGUAAAUGAUGACAGAAUUUUCAUUUUUGGGUGGAGUAUCCCUUUAAAGGUCAUAUUUGACUUCCGAAGGUAAGGCAGAUGUUUGAAACGAGUUGAGCUGAAGAACAAAAGUAAUGACAAAGUAAAAGUAUUAUACAUGUGCUGUAUUAUGAACGGGAAAGGUACAAAAUGUCGAAUCCAUUGUCGGUUGUAUUUUGUCAGUUCAGAUGAUAUUCUUACCAAAUCACUUGAAAUCUUAUUUUUUUGUAUCUACCUGUAGCACUGCCAGUUUCCAGUUAGCUUGCCAAAUGCAUUUUAUUUUUGUUGACAAAGUUAGGGAGAAAAUAACAUGAAAUAAUAUUUUCAGAUUUUUGGGGAAAGGGGUUGGGGAGAUGAUAUGCCACAUACUGUACUUUUUUAAAGAAACUGUAAAUAUUAAAGAUAUUAACAACC